GAACGUGAAGAGGGGAGUAGGUGAAGUACGAAUUUUGUUGGAAGGAAGUCAAACUGAAAUUGAUGUCAUUCAAAAAUAAGGCCCUUUGGGCUGAAAAGGACAAUGGAGGUUUACCUGAUGAUCAGGUAUCCUAUGACAAUCCUUCCAAAAUAGAAUCCAAGCGCCAAUAUAAUUGGCUUUUCGAUCUUACGGAAGCGGAUCUCUUUCCAAGUAAGAAGCAGGCUAUAGAUACAACAGACAGCAGAUCGUAUCCAGGAGUUUUGACUGCAAAUGUUCCUCCUUGGGAAAAUGGUACAAAUUUUGAACCAGGAACUGGCCAGCAAUUCAGUGACCGAGUGUUUGGUUCGGAACCUGCUAGGGAUGUCAGCUUUGAUGAAAGCAAUGUGCAUUCAACUGGUUCAGAUAACCUAAAUAUGGGAAGAAGUGUGGAGGAUCCAUUCAGAAAUGAUGCUUCUGUUGCUUUGUCCAUGUCCCAGGAUUAUAAUGUUUCUUCACUUAACUAUGGUGGAAUUAGAAGAGUUAAAAUUAACCAGGUCAAUGAAUCUGGCGAUGGGAUGCCCUUAUCAAUGGUUCAUGCCUAUCUUCACAAGGAUGAUAACAUCUCUGUGCCUCCACCUGAGAGUUAUCAGACGAAGGAGUCCAGCAAUGAUAUUCCUGUAUCCAUGUACCAUUCGAUGUCUCACUAA